CUCACUUCUCUCUGCCUCUGGUCGUCAAGUGUCCCAACGAGUCAUAUAGAGAGAGAUUCGUCCACUCCAAAUCUCUCCUUCAAUUCGAUUCUCCCUUAAACCCAGCCACCACCGCAUAAUACUCUUCCAGAACCCUCUACAACCUAGGGUUUCUCUCUCUCUGUGUGUCUCUCCUCCGUCCCCGCCGGCGAUUCCAAUGCCAUUUUCCUGAAUCAUGGCGGCGAGUUCCAGAGGCUUCUCCACUCCUUUCUGCCUCAAACCGAGGAGAUUCGACUCGUCUCCUCUCCAUCACCACCACCGUGGAUUCGAGUUUCGGAAGUCCAGGAAUCGAAGGAGGUUUCUUGAUUUCCGUUGUUGUUCGGACUCCGUGGUUCCGAUUCGGAGAACUACUGGGUUUGGAAAGAGUGCGGAGAAGAAAGCUGAGGAGUGGCGGUUCGAUCCCAAAAAGAGCCCUCACAGAGUUCGAAUCCAAGCUACGCCUGCGUUGCCCUUUGGCUCCACUCAAUCUCAGUUUGUUUCCAAACAAGAAAAAUUUUAUCCCCGCUGCACCCCAAGAAAUUCUGGUCCGCAAUCCCGUGAUACUCCACCUAAACGAGACACUGGUAUUGCAAAUGAGAAGGAUUGGGGCAUUGAUCUGUUAAAUGAAAAUGGCAACGAGUCUGGCACUAAUGAAGAUGGAAGCACAUGGUAUCGAGAAAGUGGAGAGGACCUUGGAGAAAAUGGAUACAGAUGUAGAUGGACAAGGAUGGGUGGUCAAAGCCAUGAUGGCUCCUCAGAAUGGAAAGAAAUGUGGUGGGAGAAAAGUGAUUGGACAGGAUACAAAGAGCUAGGAGUGGAAAAGUCAGGAAGAAAUGCUGAAGGGGAUUCAUGGUGGGAAACAUGGCAAGAAGUUCUUCACCAAGAUGAAUGGAGUAACCUAGCUAGGAUAGAAAGGAGUGCUCAGAAACAAGCAAAAUCUGGCACAGAAAAUGCGGGAUGGUUUGAGAAAUGGUGGGAGAAAUAUGAUGCUAAAGGCUGGACUGAGAAAGGGGCACACAAAUAUGGGAGACUGAAUGAACAGUCCUGGUGGGAGAAGUGGGGAGAGCAUUAUGAUGGAAGAGGAUCUGUUCUAAAAUGUAGCAUUAUUUUUCUUUUCCUCAGGACAGAUAAGUGGGCUGAGACUGAACUUGGAACCAAAUGGGGAGACAAGUGGGAAGAGAAGUUUUUUGCUGGCAUAGGUUCGCGCCAAGGGGAAACAUGGCAUCUAUCGCCCAGCGGUGAUCGUUGGUCUAGGACGUGGGGAGAAGAACACUUUGGAAAUGGUAAGGUGCACAAAUAUGGUAAGAGCACUACAGGCGAAAGCUGGGAUAUUGUCGUGGAUGAGGAAACUUACUAUGAGGCUGAUCCUCAUUAUGGAUGGGCUGAUGUUGUCGGCGAUUCAAGCCAAUUGCUAUCCAUCAACCCUCGGGAGCGGCCUCCUGGUGUCUACCCAAGUAAUUUUGGGUCAACUCCACCACCUCCAGAUGAUGUCCCACCAGACUUGUAAACUCAUAUUAUUUUGUUAAGGGGAAGUUUAGAAAUUAUUGUGAAUAAAACUGCUCAUGUAACAGAAUGUCACAAACCACUGUUCUUCAAUUUUAUUCAUUCUUUUGAUUUGUUUUUUUCACUA